AUGGCGAGCGCGGACCCCAAGAUGGCGGCGGGCAGCCCGGCGCUGGAUGGCAGCCACACCGAGAGCUCCGGCUCCUCUCCCCCGGGGCAGCGGCUCCUCGGGCCCUGUGCGGAGCGGUCCGGGGAGCCCCGGAGCCCGGCGGCCGCCUCCGCUCAGCCGGCCGGGGAAGCAUCACCUGCGGCCCUGCAGCAGCACCGGACCGGCCCCCAGCCGCCAGGCCAGUGCCCUUCACAGAAAGCAGCUGAGGAACAACCCUCAAAGAGGCUAAAAACUGAAGAGCUUGGUCUAGUAGAACCUGAGCAAGGACUUCCAUUUGGGCAUGCAGCCCUGUCUGUGUUUGUGCAAACACCUCUAACUGAUGAGGAGCAAUGUUCAGAGGAUUCAGGAGACCACGCUGUAAUUCACCAGCAAAAAGGUGGAAGCAUUCCAGAGACUAGCAGAGAGGAAGAGGGAAAGGAGCAUAAUGUGUCUCACAAGCCGCAUGCAGUGGAAUCAGGCGAUGCUCCAUCAGAAAUGGACAGUGGUAAAGAUGUGCAUGCUUGUGUCUGCAGUGAAGAGAACAGCAGUGAGAGCGCAGCUUCCGAUGGGUCUGGCUCGGAGGAUGCUGAUCUCCCAGCGAAGGUGAUGCGACUGGAUAGCAGCGUCUUCGUGGAUGAAGACAGCAACCAGCCGAUGCCCAUGGACCGGUUCUUUGGCAAUGUGGAGUUUCUGCAGGAUCUCCCAGCAGUUGCUCUUCUGAGCACAACGAUGAGCAGGCGAGAACACCGAAAGCUGCACUUCGUUGCAAAGGAGGAGGAGGAGGAAGAGGAUGUUGUCUAACAGCAAAGUGUAAAUAAACUAAACCCUUUUUGUUCGCAA